GAAGGCGACAGUGAGGCCAAGGGGGCGCGGCCGGGACGAGCUGGGGUGCAGGGUGCCCCGGGCGGAGGGGCGGUGACCCUGCAGCAGGGCAGGCGGGAGAAUAGACCGCGGACCUCCAAGGGGGGGAUCUGAGAGCGCAGACCCGGAGCGGACGUGAAGCUGACUAGGGCUAGGGGCUAAAAACGGAUCAGCGCGGCGGGGCUCAAAGACGCGGCCGGCCCGUGUGUUCUGCGGGGGCGCGGGGAGCAGGUGAACAGGUCCUCAUUCCCAGCUCCACGCCCUCACGCGUUCUUGCCCGGGUCCCCGCUCCCGCCCGCAGCCAUGGGCCCCGGCCCCCGCCACGGCUCCCGCGUGCAGCACCCGAUGCUCUGCGCGCUCGCCUUGAUGGUGGCCGCCGGCGGCCGCGUCACCUCCGCCUUCAACCUGGACACCCGAUUCCUGGUGGUGAAGGAGGCCGGGAACCCCGGCAGCCUCUUUGGCUACUCGGUCGCCCUCCAUCGGCAGACGGAGCGGCAGCAGCGCUACCUGCUCCUGGCUGGUGCCCCCCGGGACCUCGCCGUGCCUGAUGGCUAUACCAACCGGACCGGUGCCGUGUACCUGUGCCCACUCACUGCCCAGAAGGACGACUGUGAGCGGAUGGACAUCGUGGAGAAAAGUGACCCUCGCCAUCACAUUAUUGAGGACAUGUGGCUUGGAGUGACUGUGGCCAGCCAGGGCCCUGCAGGCAGAGUCCUGGUCUGUGCCCACCGCUACACCCAGGUCCUGUGGUCGGGGUUGGAGGAUCAGCGGCGCAUGGUGGGCAAGUGCUAUGUGCGGGGCAACGACCUGGAGCUGGACCCCACUGACGACUGGCAGACCUACCACAACGAGAUGUGCAACAGCAACACCGACUACCUGGAGACGGGCAUGUGCCAGCUGGGCACCAGUGGUGGCUUCACCCAAAAUACCGUGUACUUUGGCGCUCCUGGUGCUUACAACUGGAAAGGAAACAGCUACAUGAUUCAGCGGAAAGACUGGGAUUUGUCCGAAUAUAGUUACAAGGACCCCGAGGGCCAAGGAAACCUCUAUAUUGGGUACACGGUGCAGGUGGGCAGCGCCAUCCUGCAUCCCACGGACAUCACCAUUGUGACGGGGGCCCCGCGGCACCGACAUAUGGGUGCUGUCUUCUUGCUGAGCCAGGAGGCAGGCGGAGACCUGCGGAGGAGGCAGGUGCUGGAGGGCACGCAGGUGGGCGCCUAUUUUGGCAGCGCCAUUGCCCUGGCAGACCUGAACAAUGAUGGGUGGCAGGACCUCCUGGUGGGUGCCCCCUACUACUUUGAGCGGAAAGAGGAGGUAGGGGGUGCCAUCUAUGUCUUCAUGAACCAGGCAGGCACCUCCUUCCCUGCCCACCCCUCCCUCCUUCUUCACGGCCCCAGUCGCUCCGCCUUCGGCUUCUCCGUGGCCAGCAUUGGUGACAUCAACCAGGAUGGAUUCCAGGACAUUGCUGUGGGAGCCCCGUUCGAGGGCUUGGGCACAGUGUACAUCUACCACAGCAGCUCCAGGGGGCUCCUCAGACAGCCCCAGCAGAUAAUCCACGGAGAGAAGCUGGGACUGCCUGGUUUGGCCACCUUCGGCUACUCCCUGAGUGGGCAGAUGGACGUGGAUGAGAAUUUCUACCCGGACCUGCUGGUGGGGAGCCUGUCAGACCGCAUCGUGCUGCUGCGGGCCCGGCCUGUCAUCAACAUCCUCCACAGGACCUUGGUGGCCAGGCCAUCUGUGCUGGACCCUGCACUCUGCACGGCCACCUCCUGUGUGCAGGUGGAGCUGUGCUUUGCUUACAACCAGAGUGCCGGGAACCCCAACUACAGGCGAAACAUCACCCUGUCCUACACUCUGGAGGCUGACCGGGACCGCCGCCCACCCCGGCUUCGCUUUGCGCGCAGCCAGUCAGCUGUCUUCCACGGCUUCUUCUCCAUGCCGGAGAUGCGCUGCCAGACGCUGGAGUUGCUCCUGAUGGACAACGUCCGCGACAAACUCCGUCCCAUCAUCAUCUCCAUGAACUACUCUUUACCUUUGCGGAUGCCCGAGCGCCCCCGGCUCGGGCUGCGGUCCCUGGACGCCUACCCGGUCCUCAACCAGGCGCAGGCUCUGGAGAACCACACCGAGGUCCAGUUCCAGAAGGAGUGCGGGCAGGACAACAAGUGCGACAGCAACUUGCAGAUGCGGGCUGCCUUCGUGUCGGAGCAAGGGCAGCGGCUGAGCAGACUCCAGUACAGCAGAGACCUCCGGAGACUGCUCUUGAGCAUCGACGUGACCAACACCCGGAGCCGGGAGCGGGCUGGGGAAGACGCCCACGAGGCGCUGCUCACCCUGGUGGUGCCUCCCGCCCUGCUGCUGUCCUCAGUGCGCCCCCCUGGGGCCUGCCAGGCCAACGAGAGCAUCGUUUGCGAGCUGGGGAACCCCUUCAAAGGGAACCAGAGGAUGGAGCUGCUCAUCGCCUUCGAGGUCAUCGGGGUGACCCUGCACACAAGGGAACUCCAAGCACAGCUGCAGCUCUCCACGUCAAGUCACCAGGACGACCUGUGGCCUGUGACCCUGACUCUGCCAGUGGACUACACGCUCCGGGCCUCGCUCAGCAUGGUGAGUCACCGGCUACAAAGCUUCUUUGGGGGGACAGUGAUGGGCGAGUCUGGCAUGAAAACUGUGGAGGAUGUGGGAAGCCCUCUCAAGUAUGAGUUCCAGGUGGGCUCAAUGGGGGACGGGCUGACAGCCCUGGGGACCUUGGUCCUAGGGCUGGAGUGGCCCUAUGAAGUCAUCAAUGGCAAAUGGCUGCUGUACCCCACUGCAAUCACCGUCCAUGGCAAUGGGUCCUGGCCCUGCCGGCCACCCGGAGACCUCGUCAACCCUCUCAACCUCACUCUCUCUGUCCUUGGGGACAGGCCGCCAUCUCCACAGCGCAGGCGGCGACAGCUGGACCCAGGGGGAGGCCAGGGACCCCCACCUGUCACUCUGGCUGCUGCCAAAAAAGCCAAGUCUGAGACCCUGCUGAGCUGUGGCAGUGCCCACACCCGCUGUGUAUGGCUGGAGUGCCCCAUUCCUGAUGCCCCUGUCAUCACCAACGUGACAGUGCAGGCACGAGUGUGGAACAGCACCUUUAUCGAGGAUUACAGAGACUUUGACCGAGUCAGGGUAGCCAGCUGGGCUACCCUGUUCCUCCGAACCAGCAACCCCUCCAUCAACAUGGAGAACAAGACUGUGCCGUUCUCCGUGGACAUUGACUCUGACCUGGUGGAGGAGCUGCCGGCCGAGAUCGAGCUGUGGCUCGUGCUUGUGGCCGUGAGUGCCGGGCUGCUGCUCCUGGGGCUGAUCAUCCUCUUGCUGUGGAAGUGCGGCUUCUUCAAGCGAGCCCGCACUCGCGCCCUGUAUGAAGCUAAGAGGCAGAAGGCGGAGAUGAAGAGCCAGCCGUCAGAGACAGAGAGGCUGACCGACGACUACUGAGGGGGGCAGCCCCCCGCCCCUGGCCCACCCGGUGUGACUUCUUUAAGCGGACCCGCUAUUACCGGAUCAUGCCCAAGUACCACGCGGUGCGGAUCCGGGAGGAGGAGCGCUACCCACUUCCAGGGAGCACCCCGCUCGCCAAGAAGCACUGGGUCACCAGCUGGCAGACUCGGGACCGAUACUACUGACGUCCUCCCUGAUCUCACCCCCGCUCCCCCAGCGCCCCCUUCUUCUAUUUAUCAUAAGUUAUGCCUCGACAGUCCACAGGGGCCUCUGCCUUUGGCCGGCGCCAGUAGGCUCCAACACGCACACCUCUUCAAGUGCAUGCAGUACUGUCUGGCCACAGGCCUCUCCCUGCAGGAGGGCUGGGGCCGUGGACCUUGCAAUGCCGAGCACACCGCAGCCCUGUGCCUGGACACAUGGGGACACAUGGAUCCCACUGCUUGUGCACUGUGCUGGUGCACCACGGAUGGUGCAUGGACAUGCGUGUCCCGCCUCUGCCUGUGCCAAAACCAAGCCAAAGGGCCUCUGCCGGAGCCAUGAGGAAAAGGUCCCCAACGUGGUGACACUUCCCCGUUCACACUGGACCCAUCUUGAGCCACAGUCACUGGAUUGACUCUGCUCUCGAGAUUAAAACUACUGACAGGGAGCAGCCCACGGGGCCCCCAGCUGCAGCUCCAGGCACCCAUGCCAGAGAGCAGGGGGCCUGCCUGAGGCUGUCCACAGGGACGUUUCUGGACCUGGGCAUGCUCAGACCCAAGAGCGGAAUGAACUAGAAAGAACGUCCCCAGGAUGGCUUUCUUUCAUGGAUCUCUGCGAAGCCUCUUUCCUUGUCCAUAGCCUGCACUAGCAGGGAAUGCAGCGUGAGGGACAGGCACUAGACAGCCUGGAUGCACCACGCUGGGACUGCCCUGGGAGCGCGGUGGAAUCCUCGAAAAAGGAGGGGACCGGUCCUGGGCCAAGGAGAUGCUGGAAGGAUGCAGAGGAGAUCCCACUUACCACCACUACCAUCCCAGCCUCUGAAGGCCUGGAGAGACCGCCGCAAGACCACAGAGGGAGCGACGCUUGAAUGUAGAACAGGGAGGGAGUCCUGACCCUGCCCCAGUGGCCAGACCCCACUCUGCCCCCACUACCCAUCGGGGGGGAGACUAGAAGUGGAGUUCUUGGCUGUCCUUGGCUUUCAGAGCCAACGUGGCUCUGCCUCUUCCACCAUGGGCUAAGUCCUGAGGCCCAUUCUAGAAGCUGAGGCUGGUUCCAGAAACCUCUCCUGACCCCUGCCUGUUGGCAGGCCCUUUCCCCGGCCCCGACGAGUUCCACGGUACUGUAGCAGGGGAGCUCUCUCCCACCUUGUGCCUUCUUUGUAUAUAGGCUUCUCACGGCAACCAAUAAACGGCUCCCGG